AUGAACAUCAUCAGUAAAUACAUAGAUUUGUCUUUCCAUGGUGCUAUUAAUUCUGUAACUACUAACAUUAAUAUGCAUGAUAAAAUUAGAUGGAAAUCUACAACUUCUGGAAAUCUCAAUACUAAGUCAGUUUACAAUUUUCUGACUAACUUGAACUUUGAUAAGGAUGAAGCUAAGUUUUGGAAGCAUUUAUGGAAUCUUAACAUGCUGCCUAGAGUUAAUAUGUUUUGUUGGAAAGUUGUUUCUUGUGCUUUAGCUCUGGGAAAUAAUAUGUCUAAAUAUGUGAAAGAUUCGGAUCCUUAUUGCCUUCUUUGUGAUAACCUUGAAUUAGAAAAUGAAAUGCAUUUGUUUGUUCAUUGUAAUUUUGCUAAGAAUGUGUGGGAUGCUUUUGAGCUCAAUGACAUUUACUAUUAUAUUGGGAAUGCUGGCAUCAUGAAUUGGUUUAAAUUUUGGAUGAAUAACAGGAACCUAACUAGCAAGCAUAAUCUGAUUACCUUCAUUAUCUGGUCCAUCUGGAAGUUUAGGAAUAGUGUCAAGUUUGAUAACAAUUACCCAAAUGUAAACAAGUUAGUUGAUAGCAUUAGAGCUUCCUACCAAAAGUUCAAUUUUUGUCGUGACAGUAAAGCCAGUCAGGUUCAUAAUUGUGCUAAGAUGUCUUUAAGAAAUAACCAGCUGGACAUAGGAAAAGACUAUGAUUGGUUUAUAUGUUUUGAUGCCUCCUAUUCUGAAGAUGAUUACACAAUGGGAUAUGCUAUCUCAAUUUUGGAUAAUGCAGGCAAUCGGAAGCAUUGUCGUGCAGGAUGUGGCUAG